AUGGCUACUGUCUACGAAUCAAAACUCGAAUUUGCAGAGAAAUCUGUAUUCUCCUUGAAAAAUAAGGUCCUCAAGCUAGAUACCUAUGAUCAAGUAAAGCCUUAUAUUGAACAGUUAUCGAAUAAGAAAGACUUACAGAAAAUUGAUUUAUCUGGCAACACUAUUUCCCCUGAAGUCACUAAGCACCUCGCUAAGGAAUUCUUGAACCAUAAGAAUAGUUUAAGAGAGUUAAACUUGCAAGAUAUAUAUACCUCCAGAGAUAAGAAUGAAAUUCCAGCAUCAUUGAAAGAAUUUUUUGCUGCUAUCUUGCAACUUCCACAUUUGCAAGUUUUGAAUUUAAGUGACAAUGCUUUUGGCCAAGAUACCAUCGAGGUUUUGGAGGAUUUCAUUUCGAAAUGCAAGUAUGUUGAGCAUUUCAUCAUGUCCAACAAUGGUCUCGGUCCUUUAUCCGGCUCCAGAGUUGGUAAAGCCUUGUUCAAAAUGGCAAAGCUUAGGGAAAUAGCAAAAGAAAAGGACGCAGAUGUUAGAAGCUUAAAAACUUUCUGGUGUGGUAGAAAUAGACUUGAGAGUGGUUCCGCGGAAUUUAUGGCUCUCGGCCUUCGUUCUAACAAACACCUAGAAGAUGUUAGAUUGUAUCAGGAUGGUAUUAGGCCAAAUGGAAUUGCUAGGCUUAUCCAUCACGGUUUAUCUUAUUUGCAUGAUUUGCAGGUUCUUGAUUUAGAUGAUAAUACAUUUACAGUUGCCGGUUCCAUCGCAUUAGCUGAUGCUCUUUCAAGUUGGCCAGAGUUGAAGGUUUUGAAUGUCAAUGAUUGCCUGUUGAAAGCAAAAGGCUCUAUUAAGCUUCUUGAAAAAUUAGCUGAGAUAUCCGAUAAGUCCAAAUUGCAGCAAAUUAAACUACAGUACAAUGAACUCGACUCCGAUUCGUUAAAAUUGUUGGUUGGUUUGCUUCCAAGUAUGGUUAGAAUACCGGAUUUAGAGUUAAAUGGUAAUGUUUUUGAAGAAGACUCUGAGUAUAUUGAUAAGCUAAAUAGUAUUUUCACUAUUAAAGGCUCGGGAUCUCUCGAUGAGUUGGACGACUUGGAAGAGCCAGACUCUGAAGAAGAAGAAAGUUCGAGUGAGGAUGAGAAUGAAAGUGAAAAGGAGGAGGAUGAUGAGCAACGAAAAGAAGUGGAAGCUAGACUGAUAUCUCUUGAAGGACAACUUGCUGGCACUCAUAUAUAA